GGUGGUGGUGGUGGUGGUGGGGGAAAAAAAAUCCCCAAAACGCAAGAUGUUGGGGUUUCUGCGGAGGACCAUCGGGCGACGUUCGAUCCGCAGACACACGGAGAAGGAAAAGCAGAGACAAGCACAGAGAUCAGGGACUCACAUCCCGGCAGCCGGGGACAGCAAAUCCAUCAUCACUUGUCGGGUCUCUCUGCUCGACGGUUGUGAUGUCAGCGUAGAUUUACCGAAAAAAGCCAAGGGAGUGGAGAUUUUCGAGCAAAUCAUGUACCACCUGGAUAUCAUCGAAAAAGACUACUUUGGUCUCCGGUUCAUGGAUUCUGCACAAGUCGCGCAUUGGUUGGAUGUCACCAAAAGCAUCAAGAAACAAGUCAAAAUUGGCCCACCGUACUGCCUUCACUUGCGGGUUAAGUUUUACUCCUCCGAACCUAACAACCUUCACGAAGAGCUAACCAGGUAUUUGUUUGUCCUGCAGCUGAAACAGGAUAUCCUGAGCGGCAAGUUAGAAUGUCCGUUCGACACGUCAGUGCAGCUGGCAGCUUACGCGUUACAAGCUGAAUUGGGUGACAGUGACCCAUCAGAGUUCAGCCCUGACCUGGUGUCGGAAUUCCGGUUUGUACCAAGUCAGACAGAGGAGAUGGAACUCGCCAUCUUUGAGAAGUGGAAAGAAUGCAGGGGGCAAACUCCAUCCCAGGCGGAAAUUAACUAUCUGAACAAAGCCAAGUGGCUGGAGAUGUAUGGAGUGGACAUGCACAUGGUCAAAGGAAGAGAUGGAAAUGAGUACAGUCUGGGUCUGACCCCCACGGGGGUGCUGGUGUUCGAAGGAGAAACGAAGAUCGGACUGUUCUUCUGGCCCAAAAUCACCAGACUGGAGUUCAAGAAGAGCAAACUAACACUGGUGGUCGUGGAGGACGAUGAGCAGGGCAAAGAACAGGAGCACACCUUUGUCUUCCGCCUGGAUCACCCCAAGGCCUGCAAGCACCUCUGGAAGUGCGCCCUGGAACAUCACGCCUUCUUCCGACUGACGGGACCCAUCCAAAAGAAUUCCAACCGGAUUGCGUUCGUCCGGAUGGGCUCCCGCUUCAGAUACAGUGGUAGGACCGAGUACCAGACGACCAAGACGGGGAAGCCCAGGAGACAGGCGUCCUUCGAACGUAGACCCAGCCGUCGCUACUCCAGGCGCUCCACACAGCUACGAGCGAAUCCUUUCAACAGAAACCUGGAGAGCAGUUCUCAGGAGAACAGAGCACAUCACAAAGCCGGGUCCCAGGCCUGGAUGACGAGGUCGACUGUCCCGGUGGUGACCACUUUGCCCACAGGUCCCAUCCCGAUCGAAAUCGAGAAUCUCCCCAGAAGCCCAGGUGCCAGUCCAGCUGACAAGAAGAGUUUCCCUCUGCUCGCUGACCUCCUGGACGCCACGGGGCUGGUCGAGACCAGCGUGGACGAACCCGCGGGAAUUCCAGACGAGGGGGUCCCCGGUCUGACCUCCCCCCCCGGUACGAACGACAGCGCGACCGAGCCAUCGGACUCCACAGCCCUCGAGGAAGUGAUUGCCCGGUUGAAGCAGCUUCAGAUUCAGGGAAGUCCCAACCCCAGCCUGAACCUCAACGUCAACAGCCAGCAGGAGGAAACGGCAAAGCUGACAGAGAAAGGGCUGAAGAUGACGGCGGAGAUUAUUCCCACCCCGUCGCCCGGGGAGGUCAAGAGCAACGUUCUGAAGGCUCAGGGGGAGGCUGUAUUGAAGGUCACCAACUUCCUGGACGAUCCAAGUUGCAGUGUGAAUGAUGUGGCGUUCAGGUGCCUCGGAAGCACAGGGAGCAAAACCCCAGAGAGACCGGACUCGAAGGAUAAACCGAGAAAUGACCAGACCAGCGUUCCCCUCAGCUCUGAUGGCGUCAACCAGAAGGAGAUCAGCUCGAGCUGUGAAGUUCCGAUGUCUCCCCCGGCCUCCAUCCCGCCACCCGCUGGCUCGCCGCUUACACAGAACGCAGCUCAGGAUCUGGACAGACUCCUGGCAUCACUGACCGAGAAUCUGAUCGACUUCACCGACCCCACACCCCAGAGCGCAGUGAUGGCCAACGGCGUUUUCAGCCGAAACAUUGCAUCUACGCUGAAAGGGACGAAAUCAGACACGGAUCCCACUCCCUUCAUUCUUCCUUCUCCUCCGACUCGGCGAUCGGUGGAAUCCACGUUUACAACCAGCGUUGUCACGAAGGAAGUGGAGAAGCCAGCGAAGCCCAAGAGGCUGUUGACGACUGAGCUGUGAAGGGAGCGUCAACUCUCUCAUUGAGGAGGUGCAUUCAGGAGGAAGUCUCCUCUCCUCCCCACCCUCCCCCU